AUGUCGCGUGUCUUGACAUUCCGAGUGCCGCCCGAGCAGCAGCAGGCGCCCAAACCUCUUUUGUCUGACCGCUCGUCUACAUGGCCGCUCCUUCCGCAGCUUGCGCCUACAGCGGUGCGUCCGGCGCUGCCUCCGUCUCCCAAAGAGGAGUUGGUGCUCAAUGUCUUUGGCCGUGGUCCUGAUUCACUACUUAUGCCACCUAAACACUCGUUACCUCCACCGUUCGCUUUCUAUACACAAUUUAAUGGCGAUGCGCUGUAUAUGGCUGAGCCACGGCUUCUGGUGACAAAACUUCUAGUGCUGUCGUGGUGCGAGCUCCGUGAAUACUACGAAGUUUAUGCGGGGCUGCCCCGCCGCGUUCCUACUGCACGUUUGACCCAGGGCACCGACUACCAUCGCGUAUUGGAAGAGCGGCUGCAUCGCGCGAUUGAUCCACUGACGGUCAGCGCGCGGGUGGAGGAGAUUCUAGGCGAAAUGCCCGAGGAGCGCGUACUAGCGCUCACUCAAGGUGGCUCUAUGGCCUUCAAAUUAGCACACCAGUGGGUCGAACAGAUUCUUGUGAGGUGUUUGGCGGUGGCCCACACAGGCUAUGCGCGUGAAAUGCAUUUGCACGGGUUCCUUGAUUUAACGUCGGGUGAAUUGGCGACAUCUAAAUCGACAAUAGGGCAAGGUGUGCUCGUCAACGGUAUAGCAGACAUGGUGCGACUCGAGCCGGCUCCAUAUGGGCACGACCGCGCGCUCCCAUGGGACCCACAGGCUGUACUUGAAUUGGGUCCUGCCCUCGAGGGAGCAAAAGCCCGCAUGGACCGCCUCGCCACCAAUCAUACGCUCGAAGUGCGCGACGUCAAAACACGCGCCUACAAUAAUGUGCCGAAGCAGUCGCUGGUGGUGGAAGCUGCGCGCGACCAAUGCAUGUAUUACGCCCAGUUUCUCACGACGCUAGCACAAAACGAAGAAUACGCGUACCAAAGUCUAGUGGAAAACUUCACGCGGCGACACAUUCAGACCUCGCAUCCUCUUGGCGAAGCACACGCUGCAGCACUACUUAUUACCAACUUUGGCGUGCUUGUAGAAGAUUACAAGGCGCUCGCUCGGGGCGAUGCUCUAAGCUUCACACCAUUUGACAAUGCGACCACGUUCUACGUCACAGAACAGCCCCCAGAAGCAUACUCACUCGCAAACUUCGUGGAUGAACCUACAUUCAGGACACUUUUGGCCGACUUUCAUGGAGACUACUUUGCGGACGUGGAUAUAAGUGUUCUCUUCCGCGAAUGGAAACGGCCGUUGACCCCAGCAUAUUUUUGUGCUCGGGCAGCGCAGGCACUUUAUCUAUUCGAGAAGUUGAAGCCCUCAUCCGUAUGCGUAGAGUAUCACAAUGUCAAAACUGGACGCAUCAUCGAAUGCAAAAGCUUUCCUUUUGACAAGCACACACUUGAAGAAGCUUCCAAGCGCGCUGCCCAGUUUUUGGGCAGGUACUCGACCACCCAUAAGCACAGAUGA